CUGGCGGCGGGGAACGUGUCACACGCGGAACCUUCGGCGCCGGGCGGCGUUUCCGGGCGGGGCGGAAGUGCGGCGGCCCGGAACCCUGGUUGCCAGGCGGCGUUUCCGGGCGGGCCGCGGCGGGACGGACCGGAGGCGGAAGUGUCCGCCGCCGCAGGCUCGGGCGGGGAUGGCUCUGCCGGGCCCCGCGGGGCCGCCGCCGCCCACCGUGCUGGUGGCCGUGCGCGCCCGCGUGUCGCGGCCGCCGCGCCUCGGCCCGGCCCCGGCCUCCGCCUCGGCCCCGGCGGACGCCCCGGCGCGGCUGCAGCUCAGCGUGGAGCCGGGGCCCGGCGGCCAGCAGCGGUUCCGCCUCGUCCUGCGCCACACGGACCCGCGCCCGAGCGGGAGCCUCGUGGAGUUUGACCUCAAGGACAUCUCGUACACGGUGAAGAGCCCCACGUGCCAUGAGCUGGCGGCCGCUGGCUGUGCGGAGGAGCCCAUGGUGCUCACCUUCGAGGAAGAGCGGGAGGCCCAGAAGUGGUGGACGGUGGUGAGCAGCUCCCUACGGGAGGUGCAGAAAGCUGCUGAGACCACCGGCAUCCUGGCAGCACAGCCUCCUCCGCUGUCCUCGGUCAUUGGCAGCCCUGCAGCCGCUCCGGAGGAGGAGGCGUCCCUGGAGCUUUCUAAGACAGAGGACCUGGCGCUCCGCCUCUCCCUUGCAAUCGAGGUGGGGAAUGAGCAGGCAGCCUCGCAGUGUGCCAUGGCGCUGGCUCGGCAGCAAGCCUCUCUGCGGAUCCAGCCCAAGGAGUCCAGCCACCCCACCAACGAGAUCAGCAUGAAGGUCUGCGUGGAGGAUGCCACUUGCUCGGCCAACAUCACCCUCCGGGUCCACACGCACAUGACUGUCGCCACGCUCAAGCAGCAGGUUUUCCAGGACUACAAGUUCCACCCCAGCGUGCAGCGCUGGAUCAUUGGGCAGUGCCUGUGUGUGGACGAGCGCACGGUCAGCUCCUAUGGCAUCCGGAAGGACGGCGACACAGCGUUCCUCUACCUGCUGUCGGUCAAGCAGGCCGGCCUGUCAGAGCAGCGCUUCCAGGAGGACCUGACCCAGGCCCAGGCUGCGCUGCGUCCUGCGGCCUCCCUCACUGACAGUGCCGGCGUGGACGACAAGCGCAGAUGCAGCACCCUGCCUGCCGCAGCGCCCCGGAAAGUCUGGGUCAGCGACAGCGGCAGGAAGAUGAACAUCGACGAGAUCAGCAACCAUCUCAACCUGCUGCAGGUCAACAACCUCCUGUACAACCACCCGCUGGGUGCCUUGGCCACCGCAGCCCCCCCUUCGCCCGUGCAGACGGGCUGGUCCUGCCCCAAGUGCACCUUCAUCAACAAGCCCACGCGCCCCGGGUGUGAGAUGUGCAGUGCGGACCGGCCACCUGGCUACGUGGUGCCUGGUGGCUACACGCCCGACGAGAUGGAGCUGUGGCGGAUGCAGCAGGAGAAGGACGGGAUCCGGCAGUACCAGCAGGCCCUGGAGGAUCAGCGGCUGCAGAACUUCCAGCGCCUGAAGCAGCUGGACGAGGCGGCGCUGGUGCCCAACCAGGAGACGCUGGAGUGCCUCAUCUGCUACCAGACCGUGGCGCCGGGGGCAGGUGUGCUGCUGCGCGAGUGUCUGCACAACUUCUGCAGGGACUGCCUGCGGCAGGUGAUCAGCUACAGCGAGGAGCCGCAGGUCGCCUGCCCCUUCCGCGACGACACCUACGCCUGCAGCAGCCACCUCCAGGAGCGCGAGAUCCGGGCGCUGGUGUCGCCGGAGGAGUACCAGCGGUUCCUGGGCCGGGGCCUGGCCGUGGCUGAACAGCGCGUGCCCAACAGCUACCACUGCCGGACGGCCGACUGCCCCGGCUGGUGCGUCUACGAGGACGCCGUCAACGAGUUCCGCUGCCCGCUCUGCGCCAAGCUCAACUGCCUGCUCUGCAAGGCCAUCCACGAGGGGCAGAACUGCCGCCAGUACCAGGACAACCUGCGGCUGCAGGCUCACGACGACGUGGCCGCGCGGCAGACCAACGACAUGCUGCAGAUGCUGGUGCAGUGUGGCGAGGCCAUGCACUGCCCCGCCUGCCGCAUCGUGGUGCAGAAGAAGGACGGCUGCGACUGGAUCCGCUGCACCGUCUGCCAUACUGAGAUCUGCUGGGUCACCAAGGGGCCGCGCUGGGGGCCAGGGGGCCCUGGUGACACGAGUGGGGGAUGCCGCUGCAACGUGAACGGGCAGAGGUGCCACCCCCACUGCCAGAACUGCCACUGAGCAGUGGCCUGCGGGGGAGAGGCCAAGGCGGGAGCAAGGAGCCUGCAUCACCCCCCAGCAGGAGGCACGGAGGAGUCGGGGCCUGGGCGCCUGCCCUGGGCAGGGAGCAGCACGGGCCUCGCAGCAGCCCCACGGGGGUGUCUCGUCCCAGCACCGGACAGCAGCCUUGUUCCACCCUAGCACAGUGGCACUCGGGGAGGGCACUGGCACUGGUCGAGGACUGUAGGAGAGGGUGAAGCUGGGCCAGGCAGGCUGGGAGCCCCACGUACAAUAGAGCUGGGCUGCCCUGGAGCCCGCAGCCACCGAGGGCCCAGCCGGCUUCCCUGCAGGAGGAGCCAUCACCCAGCCUUGCCUUACAGGAGCUGCUGGCUCUGGCCAAAGCCCUAGUGCUGCACACGACAAGGGCAGCAGGACAAGGGGCAGUGACGAGGCUCCCAGGGCCCAGCCUGGUCUGUUCCUGCUGCCGAAGCCCCCCCCAGCUUGUGCCUGAGCAGCUGCUGCCAUCGUGCCAGAGGGCCAUGGCGGCGGUGCUGGCCCAGUGUACAGCCAGGCCACAGCCUGAGCCCAGCCGACAGCGGCUCUUGCGUGGCUGUCCCCCCUCGGUGGGAGGGUGCAAGCUGGCAGCUGGGCCCCCGCGUUGCAGUGAGCAGCAUGCGUGUGGAAGGUGACAAUAAAGCCAGUUGUGGGCA